AUGGAUGACAUCGCACAGAACGUACAAUUCUUAUCAGAAAAGACUCUGCAAGAUAUUGCCAAAGGUCAACUUGUCAAGCUCGCCUUGAAUUGUGACGAUAACCAAAAAGUGAACCGAGUCUGGCAGUCCUUGAUCCAGACGGUUUCAACGCCAUCUUUGUCGAACCAGCAUACGGCAGCCGCCUGCAAUGCAGUCUCAGCUUUUCUGGAUGCUGCUGCUACUUCCAAAGUUGAAAAAACAAAGCAAUUGGCUCUGUCAACGGAAAAUUGGCUCAUUGUUUUUGAGGUAUUCCUGAGCCGAUAUGAAGAUGCGAAGCCGAAGCCACUCAAGCAGCUUUUGGGCUCCUUGAUUAACCUCUUGGCCAAGUAUAUUCACGGGCCCAAGAAGGACGACAUUCAAAAAGCAGUCACAGAUGCAAUCAUUCCCAGUAUUGUGCUCGGCGAGCCUAGAUCGCGACUGAAGGCUUCCCUGGUGUGCUUCGAGCUUGCUAUCCGCAAAGGCGCCAUCUCUGGCUCUGAUUUUAUCUCCUUGCUACGAAAAUGGCUUGGAGAGAGCCAGCAAAAAUGGGUGCAUGUUUUCGAGAAUGCUCAGGAAGCUCUGUCUCCAAUCAACUCCGAAGAGCUUUCCAGCGACCCGUCCAAGGAGUUGGCGGCAAAGGUUUUCGUGCUUGGCCUUCUUACCCAGACAAACAGUCGUGAUCUUUCCGGAGCAUGUGGAAACGUGUUGGGGGCUCUUUUGCAGAAAUUAAAGUCUGAAUCUUCAGAGUGGUCAGUAUCCACGAUUUGGGUCGCGCCUGUUCGGUACAUGAUGCUUCAUAUUGUGGACAACCUGGAAGCCAUGUCAACCCAGAUCCUUCAGCCUAUCUUCUCAGCCGAUCCUAGUGGCUUUAUGGCUUUUGUGGAGAGCUUGCCCCUCAAGAGUCUUCUGACAGGUGACAUGACAGAUGCCGAAGAUAAAGAGUAUAUUCUUCUUUUCGCAGCUUUGCAAAUAGGCAAGAAGACCAAUCUUGUCCAUGAAGAUUAUGAUGGCUCUAAACCCAGCGAAUCUAAGAAGGGUACUCCGCAGAAACUCGUGCUUAAGAGCGAGGUACUGGGCAAUUUCCUGCUCCACCGUGAACCGAACAUUCGCAUUGCAGCCUUGUCGCUCUUAGUGACUGCGUUCUCGACUAUCAAGCCAUUCACAUCAGCUGCCACUGAUUCAAUUCUUCGUGGUCUUCCGUCAAUGCAUGCCGACUCUGAUUCCUACAGCAGGGGUGAAAUCAUGAGUCUUACCCGCAAGCUCAUAGUUCGUCUCAAGAGUGGCAUUCUCAAGCAACAAUAUUCUACAGAAGCGGCAUCACAGGCGACUUCUGGCUUGCCCUCUGGCUUGGUUAAGAGCGAUGAUGUCACGAUGGCUUUCUUGAGGAAAUACAUCGAUUUAAUCGCGGGCGAUCUCGUUGUCACUGCAUCGUACCCACGACAUAUCAGUGCCUUGAAAGCUCUCAAGCUUUUGCUGGAGUCUAAUCUCGACCCACGUACGAACAUCCCGCCAGCAAAGUCUGAAGUUGAAACACGCUGGAAGUCUCAUAUGAAUGUCUUCGAGCCUCGUCUGCUCCGGCUGUUGGUCGAUCUACUUCUUGACCCAUUCGAGGAAGUAAGACAGACUUCUCUGUUGAUCAUCAACUUUUUCCCUCAAGAUAUUUUGAUAGGCGGUUUCGAAGCCGCGGCCGAUCAUUCUCCAGCUGUGUGCAUGCGCUUGACAGAUGCUCUGACUCGAGCUGAGCUCACUGCAAGCAACACUAGUCGAGCUGACCAUGCGGAUACGGUGGCCCGCCUCUAUCACAUUCUGUUUUGUGCAGCUCUAUCAACCAGUUCUUCUGCAGCAGGCUCAGACUGGUGGUCUACAAAGACGUCAGUCGUCAACUCAAUUUUGACCAAGUUGGAGGAACGAUUGUCGUCUUCGAAGGGCCUGUUCAACUCGACUUUGCGUGAAGCUCCUCUUCAUGGGUACAUGUCUGGACUACGAUAUAUUGUGUUGAUGCCCGAUUUCCAUGCCCUUCUCCUGAAUGGUCCGGAUGUUGGAGCCUGGCGGUCAAUCCAUGAUCGCAUCGUAUCGAUCUGUGACAGGGUCUGGGAAGAGGUGAAGCCAGUUCUGUGCAUCGACUCUCCUGAGGGCCAUACCGACGACCCAAUCGAAGAUCUUGCAGUGGGUCCCAAAGACAUCCUCUCUUAUUCAUGGAGAGCUCUUCGAGAGUCCAGCUUACUACUUCAUGCGACCAUGUUCAAUACGACCUAUGGGCCAUAUGGUCCGGAUGGGCUUAAACUUGCAGACUUUGAAAAGGUUGGCCGUGCUAGUUUCACACAACUCGCUGAGUUACGACACCGUGGAGCUUUCUCAACCGUCUCCCAGACCUUUGCUACCUGUUGUGAACGAUGCAGUAGUUCAAAGGAUGCAUCCAUCCAAGAACUUCCAAAGGGCUGGUACAAGGAGGCCAGAGCUACAAUCUUCGAGUCUGCCUCAAAGCUGACUCGACGGUCGGCUGGUCUGCCUGCACUGGUCACGGGUAUACUCUGCUCUUUGCACAGAACGCCCUUCUUCAAAGAGGCCAUUGAUGACCUUCACGAAAUUUCUCGUCUGCCCGUCGAAUACAAUAAGGAACAGCAGUACUUGGAGCUUCCUCAAGUCCACGCCAUGAACUGCUUGAAAGAUAUCUUCACCAACACGAAGCUCGGCCCAUUUACUGAGCCCUUCAUUAUGCCCGCACUUACGCUGUCUGCCGAACGGCUCGGGUCGCCUAUUUGGGCACUUCGCAAUUCUGGUCUGAUGCUUUUCCGCGCUCUGUUGACCAGAAUGUGUCGCAUGGUUCCUGGAGCUGUAGCUGGAUUCGGCGGCGUGUCGGGAUCUGAACCAGGAUCCAAGAUUUCAUUCCCGAAGUACCCCGGUCUACUUGAGCUGCUUUCCAAGCUCCUGGCACCAACCGAAGGCACAACUGCUCAAGAGGGAACUGAUAUCGUCACCGAACGAAUCUUCCCCGCCUUGGAGUUGAUUGGAGAGAAGGUGCCUACCAUUGGAGAUGACUAUGACACCAAGCUAUGCAGUCUUGUGCUCGCGCACUUCCAGAGCCCAGUAUGGGGCAUUCGAGAGCAUGCCGCUCGUGUUUAUGCAUCUUUGCUGACCCGGACGAACAUUCUCAAGGAUGUUGAGUAUUUGGUCAAUCUUGUCCAGGAGAAUGUAUCCGAGAACUAUAUCCAUAGCAUUGCUCUCUGUGUUCGAUACUCUCUCCGCCGUUUCGCAGCGUCGACCGACGCAUUCUGGACAAGCCACCUUGACGAUCUACUCGCGACUCUGCGAGAUGUCUUGGCAAAGUUGUUCGCCGCUGCCAAAUCUCCUUCCGUUGCAGCUUGCCUUAUUGAGACGUUGAAUGAUACCCUUGAGAGGAGCAUUGCGGCCCAAGCUGAAGAUCGAAUCGGUUCAUUCGUGAACGAAAUUUACAAUGAACAUGACCUUCACGGAGUUCUCGGCCACGCUUUCGAUGCUUCCCAAGCCGGAUGGAACCUUGCCAGCCGCACUCGCGCAUCUGCUCUUCUUCGACGAGCUCUUGCGUGGUGUACGUUGUUGAAAAUGCUCAUUUCACAGGAGUGGACUGGAAUUCCUGCAUUCUACCACAGCAUCUCACAGUUUGACGCUGAUGCCGGCAGUUGGAUUCUGGAACAAUUACCCGAAAAUUUCGCUGAAUUCAUCAAUUACAGGAAGCCGUUGGUGAACUUGUACUCUUCAAUCAUCCAGGGUGCCCACCCAGUGGACUCUAAGACACUGGCUGCUUCUAAUUUGGCCACUGUGCUGGAGGAGAUGCUGGACUCGUCACCAGACGUUAUCUCCGAGUUCAACCUUCCGUAUGAUGAGUUGGCGAAGAGCUUCAAGCCCGAGUCGGACAUCAAGCAAUGGAAUCGACAUGCUACCGAUGCAGAACUUCGACUUCUCGGAUGCCUUCUUGCUCUUCGAGCUUCUUCGAUUCAAGAUCGGUCAGUGCCUUCAGUCAAGAACGAUAUCCAACGUUGGGUUAUCAAGCUGCGGUCUGCUCUCAGGGAGGAAACGGAAUUUACUACCCGCUACGCAGCUGUAGCAUCUGUUCAAAGCUUUUCCAAGGCUCUACGCCCUCAAGGUGGUUCAGCGCGCGCAGAUGCCGUUCUGCUCGACGUCUAUUUGGUUCUGUAUGACAUGCUCAACGAUGACGACGAGGAACUUCGGGACAUUGCCGCAACCUCUGCUUCAUGGGUGCUCUCCUAUUCUUCAGUCUCGCCCACCUCAGCGCUUGCCCUUGGGCCCCUGAAUGGAAGCAAGCUACUUGCUACUCUCAUCACCGAUCAUUAUUCUGACUCUGUUUACUUUGCUCGUCGUGUCAUUCGGUACCUUACCGGGCAGGAGUCUCGCAUCAGCGGAUCUGACAAUCAAUCAAGCCUUGUGCCAGUCUCUGUUCUCAUGGCACAGCACUGCCAGGAGAGCACCGUCUUAUUUGUUGAGGAGAAGCAGAAUCUCUUCAUUGACGAAGUGCAUGAAGUUGAUGUCUGGUCUCGCGUGCUCUUGCAAUUGAAGCGCAAUGCCUAUCCAGACACUUUGAUAAGGCAAAUCUCGAGCUGGGUGUCUGAGGGUUUGGACCACUUGCUCGUGCUCGUGAACCAGGAUUCAGGCUCAGAUGGGCUGCUGGGCUGGACUUCCAAGCCAGAGUCCUUCACAUUGGGUGUUCGUGUCAUCAGCAUUGCUGCUGCACUUACAUCAGAGAGCUUCAAUGUUCCAGAGGCUUUGGAUGUCGAGCAGGUUGCUUUGCGCAGGCAAAUACAGGAUCUGUUGGAUGCUGGCCAGAAGGCAUCUCUCCACGAUGACUGGCUAUCGCGAAUGCGGGUUGUAUUAAAGAGUGGCGGUGCAACGGGGCAACAAAAGUAG